GGUUCCCGAACCCAUUGCCAUUUCUACCCUAAACCCUCAAAACCUCCCAACAAUAGCUGCCAUUACAAGGGAAAAUUUCAUCUCUCUAUUCACUCUAUUACAGAUUAUAGAUAAAAAUUAUACAAUUACAAGUUUACAACACCCUCACGGUAACGGGCCCAAGUUAUAAGCGAAUUCCUUUAGAACCUCUCGUACGCAAAUUCGUCACUCGAACGCAAAUUCCAAAGCUCGAAUUGCAGAAGCUCGUUCCAGGGCGUGUUAGGAGAUGUUAGAGUAAACUAUAUCUAUGUUAUGAUGGCACAGCUUAAAGCAUAGUGCAUGAGCAAAGAAUUAGAGACAAAAAGCUUGAGUCUAGCAUUACCUACUUAUGGUGGAAGUGUGGUGGUCCCUUUUGGGGGCCGCUAUUCCAGCCAUUGUCGCAGGACAAGCCUUUAGGAUUAAGAGAAGGCGGGAUGAGGAGCAAAGGAUCAAGACUGCAAGAGGCCGGGAAAAGAGCUCUGACGACAUUUUUGUGUGUGAAAGGGUUUGCACCUCGAAGCGCAUGCUGAAAAAGGUGGGUGCCUUCUCUAAGGAUCCAAUCCCUGAUACUUGUGUCACUGUGUGUGGAGUCUCAGAGCUUGAUGCAUGCACUGAUGCCUGUGCACGAACUGUUUGCGUCAACCAGCAUCACGUUCCUAACUGGAAUGAUGUAUGCCUUAGGAGAUGUCAAAGUGAAUGCCUUAAACUCUCUGCAUCUCGUUCCUCCUAGGACAUAAGAACAACACUUGGAUCUUUGUUUCUGAAAAGUUAGUUAAGCUUGUUGUUUGUUUAGUGUGCUGAAACCAGGGAAAAAAAACUCGGUCGCGGUCGCGUUCGCGGGAACGGUUACGUUGUCGCGGGAACGGCUUGUAACGGGCAAAUAGAACGUUUCGCGGCCGACGCGGCGUGAAUUUUUUAAAAAAAUGCACAUAACUAUGUUUCAACUUUAUUUGCAUUUUUUUAGUUUAUGAAGCAUUAUUACAACAUAAUAUAAUCAAAUCUAAUAGAAUAUCAUGUUUCAUUAACUAUAUAAUUAAAUCAUAGAAAGAAUUUGGCCAAUGUUUGAAAAAAACGGAUGUAACGGUGAUAAAAGCGUUCUAACGCGGCGAGUUCGCGUUAUGGAACGGACAACGCGGCAAGAAGUAUGUGAAUUUUAUUAUGGCGUUCCGUAACGGGAUUUCGCGGAACGGCAAAUCCAAAAUCCGUUACAGAACGGCCGUUCUGUAACGGAACGGGCGAGUUUUAAUUCCCUGGCUGAAACUGGUAGGAGGGAGUCGCUGUUAAUAUUUGAGAAGUUCAAUUUAGCAGGUUGGUGGCAUGAUACAUUGAAGUGCUUUUAAGCCUUACUGUUGAAUGGAGAUUUUGCCUAUUUAUCUAAAAUGCCGAAUGAUAUGGUGCACCGUGCACCAGAUUCUAAUUUGAAUUGCUGCUCAA